AUGGAUAAAUACAGAAAGCAACAACGCAAGCGCGAGAUAGAGAAAAACAAGGAACGACGCAAGGAGGCGCGCGCAGUCGCGGCGCAAACGAAAGAUUUGAGUGAAUUACAGGCUGAACGUGAGCGACUGGAAAAGGCGAAAAACGCGCCGCAAAUCCCAGGACAGCGCCUGCGAGUGGAUAAGAUUGAUGAAAAGCUCACGUGGCUGUCGAAGCAAAUCGACGCGAAGCGAGCAAGCGAUGCGCGAGAUCGAGAGGCUGGGUUGACGCCGCGAAGCGCGAAACCGCGAGGGCCGACGUCGACGGCGUACGCGGUUGGGGCGGAACAGUACUAUAAACCAGAGGAUUCGGUGUAUUGGCACCCGAAGUUGAAUCCGACCGGACGUCCGCCGGCUGGGAAACCGCAGAAGUGGAAGGCAGGGAUCGUGGUGGAUGAAUGCGCGAGCGCUUCGAGACAAGCGUUGCCGGCGGCGACGGCGGCUAGCGACAGUGAUAGCGACAGCGACAGCGACAGCGACGCGAUGCCGCCGCCGCCUGGUCCGCCACCAGGGUUUGAAUUGGUGAUCCCCGCGUUGCCGGUGAAAGAUGAUGCGAUCGCGGCGGCGAAGACGGACACGAACGACGAGGACGAACCGUUGUUGCCGCCGUCGGCGCCGCCGGACCACGAGGACGAACCGUUACCGCCGCCGCCGGUACCAGCGGGCGACGAAGAUGGAUCAGACUCUGAGGCUUUACCACCACCACCGAUGCCGCCGACUGGGACGAGCGGCGGUAACGAAGUGGAAGUGGCGCCACCGCGCGUUACGGAGACGACGACUGUGGUGCGCCGCGCACCGGUGGGAUCGAUGCCGCGCGUUGUUCCAGUGCAGAGAAGACCGCCGCCGCCACCAAAGCACGGUGUCGGUGGUUUCUUCGCCGCCGCUCCUCGGGCAGUACGAAAACCGCCGUCCGAUCCGGCGACAUUUACGAAGAGCGCUGCGCCGACGGCGACGCCCAUCGUUCGCGCCGAACACAACGUGAAACUGAAAGCACUCGUUCCCGCGAGCGUUCGCGUGAACCGGCAGGAGGCACCCAACGCAAAACGACAACGCGUUGUAACUGGACGAGCGAUUAACGCUGCGCCGAAGGUCGCCGCGUCGUCAUCAGCAGGCGGCUCGGGCAAGGCGGCAGACGAAACGUACCUCAGCUUCUUAGACGAGAUGAGCGAACUAGGGGCGUUCGCAGAGUAG